GUUAUUUUUCAGCGAAAACUAUGACCUACGAAUAUAAAGUAACUAAUCAGAUAUUGUUGUCCAAUGAACACUUCUUAUAAUUAUUAUGGUAGCCAAUACAACAAUUACUACGCAUCAGAACACAGAAUUCCCUCUGAUGUGAAAGCUCAUGCGUGUUUAAUGAUCUUAGCAUGGGGUUUCUGUAACCCAAAUGCAAUCAUCAUUUCGAGACACUUCAAGAAAGGUUGGCCAGGUCGGACAAUAAAUAACUUCGCUUACUGGUUUCAGUUUCACAUUAUUCUGCAGUCAUUCACCCUUGCAUUCGUUUUAUUGGCACUAAUGAUUAUUGUUGUACAUGUUAUGGGCUACUCAAAUUUAAGUGAUCUUCCCUUCAGCGCUCACCCAGCUUGUGGAUUUGCAAUCGUUGUGCUUACUUUCUCAAAUCCUAUUGUUGCAUGGUUUCUCUGCACGACAAGUGGUCGUCAGAGAGCUAUUACGAAAUAUGUUCAUCAGGUGGCUGGAAUUUUGUCCCAGAUGCUUGCAGUCCCGACGGCCUUAAUCGGACUACAGAUGCCUGCUUUGGGAUACGGUAUUUGUUCAUCAAAAGUAUAUUCGACACUUUUUGCUAUUACUGUUGUUCUUAACGUCAUCGUUGAAAUAACUCUUGAAGUUAUUGGAUACAAAAUCGGAAAAAAUGUCAAAAUUGUGCGGUCAAUUUUAAGCAUUCAAGCUGAUGAAGCUGACAAACUACUGGCUCGAAUUGAAGAAGAUCCGAAACAUGGAGCUACAUUUUUAGAACACUAUAGGAUAGAACUUAAUCAAAGGUCAAAAAGAGGUGUACCAAAAGAAAUUACCAAAAACCAUACAUUAUGGGUAAUCAAAUACUUUCUUCUUGCUGUGCAUUUGGCGCUCAGUUUUAGCUUGGUAUUUGUGUUAGUUGUACUGUUAGCUGCAUAACGUUUCCCGUGUUUCUUCGGUGGAGUAAAAUAAAGGAAAAGUCAACACUUUUACUUUGAUUUUUUAUGAAGUCAAUUUUUAACUAGUAAAACACACAAUCUAUGUCAUACUAAAUAAAAUGUAUACGAAGAUUAAAAAG